CCUGAACACAGGUCUUAACACAAUCCUUGGUUUUAUUUUUACCUCGUCGUGGUUGUAAAUAGUUCAUUAGUGAUUAGUUAAUGGGAUUAGUGGAAGUGUGAAUGGAGGUGAAGGGAGGGAUCAGGAUGCAGGUAUAAAUCACACACCCACACUCUCUCUGACACCACAGGCACCACGCUGAGACCAGGAGUGAUCGACUGCACACCCACAUCAGCACACAAGAUAAUUAUUCUUUGAAUCAGGAAACAUGGUGGACAAGGUUUUUAAGAAGACCAGUGGUAAUGGUCAGCUUACUCUGUACCUGGGGAAAAGGGAUUAUAUUGAUAACGUGGACAGCGUGGAGUCUGUUGAGGGUGUUGUGAAGAUUGAUCCCAAAGACCUGGGUGACAGGAAAGUGUGGGUUCAGCUAUGCUGUGCUUUUCGGUAUGGUAAUGAGGACCUGGACGUGAUCGGGCUAAUUUUCAGGAAGGACAUCUGGAUUAAUCACAUUCAGCUUUAUCCUGAUGCUGGACACAAACCAAAGCUCACUGACAUGCACAACACACUGCUGAAGAAAGCUGGCGAGCAAGCGUACGCCUUCACUUUCGAGAUCCCAACCAAUCUUCCCUGUUCCAUCACCCUACAGCCCGGACCUGACGAUCAGGGGAAGAAGCCCUGUGGUGUGGACUUCGAGGUGAAAGCCUAUGUCGCUAAGCAGGCCGAAGAUCUGAAUGAGAAAAUUGAUAAAAAGGAUACAUGCCGUCUGAUUAUCCGUAAGUCUCAGUAUGCCCCAGUAAACACAGGAACUGGACAAAGAGCAGAACUCUGUAAGAGCUUCAUGCUGUCAGACAAACCGCUGCUGCUGGAGGCGUCUCUGGAGAAAGAUGUUUAUUACCAUGGAGAAACCAUUCCUGUUAAAGUGAAGGUAAAGAACGACACCGGCAAAGUGGUGAACAAAUUCAGAAUCACUGUUGAUCAGACAACAGAUGUGAUUCUGUACUCUGCUGAUAAAUAUACCAAGUGUGUUCUGAAUGAAGAGUUUGCGGAGACAGUGGAAGCAAACUCAACGUUCGAGAAAGUUUUUCGUGUCACACCACUGCUGGCUCAGAACAGAGAGAAACGAGGACUUUCUGUGGAUGGAAAACUAAAAUACGAGGACACAAACCUAGCAUCCACCACCCUUGUGAGACCGGGUAUGGACAGAGAGAUUUUGGGAAUCAUGGUCUUUUAUAAAAUCACGGUUCAUCUGCUGGUGUCUGGAGCAGGGCUUUUGGGAGGUCUGACUGGCAGUGAUGUGGCAGUGGAGUUACCUCUGACUCUAAUGCACCCCAAACCUACAGGUUCCUCACACAGCAACAUGGAGAAAACAUGCAACUCUGCCUAG